AUGAAUCCUGCUGAGGCUGAGCAGCAAUCACCUCACCAAGAGAUAUCUGAAGUAGAUGCCGACCGCAUCAAUGCCAUCUCAUCUAUUUGCAAUUCUUUUGAUGAAAUCCCUCCAGAAUUAGUUCAGAUUGCGAAAGACAACCAAGAUCUGAAAACAGUUGCAGAAAACGUCCAUGCAAUUUUAUCCGGAGAGGAAGACGUCAAAUUUACAUCGAAAGACAGAAAAAUUCUUGAACAAGCAAUUUGUACUUUGGCUUAUCAUUCAGCUCCGCAAGCAUCUACCGAACAGCCUAACGAGCGCGAGCAAAAUAAUCAGAUUAAAGACCUCAGACAGCAGCUAGUCGACUCUAACGAACAUAUAAAGAAACUUGAACAAGAAAUUAUAAAGCAAAACACAGCUUCUCGCCAAUUACAAUCGCAGAUUGAGGCUCUCAAAUCCGAAAACAGCGACUAUUUCAAUAAAUUAACGCAAGCUGACGAGAAAAACAAUAAACUGCGCAAAGAUAACAACAACACACAAACACAACUCAAAGCUGAGAUAACACAGCUACAAGAUACCAUCCAGGAACUCCGUGACCAGGUCAAGAUGUCAGAGAUUUCAGUAAACCGUUUAAAUCAACAAGUCGAGCAAUCGAACAAAGAACUCUCUGAAGCGAACGUCGAACUUAAUGCACUUAAGAGUUCAGCAGAAUCAAAGCGCAUAAAGAUAAAGAGUUACCAGCAAAUUUCCGACAAAUUGAGAUUCAAAGUCCAGGAACUCGAAGCCGACAAAUCCAGACUCCUUACUGAGCAGAACCAGCUCAUCAACAGCCUAAAGGAUGCCCAGGAACAGCUCAUUGCCGCAAGUCCAGAAAAUAUCGAACAUCUCGAGCACGAAUGCGACGGCUACAAGCAAACAAUCGAGAAACUCCAGGAACUUACCGACUUCCAAGCCAACGACAUCAUCCAGCUUCGUUCAGAACUCACACAAACCUCGAAAUUACUCCAAAAGCAGACACAGCUUCUUCAAGCAUACGAUUCUCGCAUCGAGCACUUACAGAACGACUACAACGAUGCUACAAACCAGAUUUCCGCUCUUAACAACAAUAUCGAAAAUCUACAGUCGCAGGUUGAGACAACUGCUGUCAAGAGCCGCGACAUCGACUGCUCAGCGAUGCUGGACGACAUGGAUCCUCAGACCAAAGACAUCAUCGAGAAGAAAUUUGGCGAUGUUUCCGCCGUGAAGCUCCCUGACGUCAUCUCCAGCCUUGUCGACAGCGACGCCAACGAGGAACUCAAAGCUCAGAACGCCAGGCUCAUUUCCGCUCUGGAGAACCAACUCCGCUUCCUCCAGUCCGCUUCAGUCAGAGGAGUCAUCUCCACCGCAUUGCUCAGCCCUGAGAGCGCCUCAGAUCCACUGAUUGACGACAAGGCGGUCAGAGACAAGAUGCUCAUAGAGAUCGCGAGGACGAAGCAGUUCAUCACAAACAAUAAAAUUGGUGAACAAAAACUCACAGAUAAAGAAGUCAAAAGUGAAGUGGAUCAACUUGAAAAGAGCGACAACCUGAGGCAGAGAGAGGCCUUUGCAGUGAUUGCCCUUGAGAGCGAGAACAACGACAUCCUCCGCCGCCACUGCGACAAACUGAAAUCGUGGAAGGAAGGCAUCUGCGGCCAAUUAAAUUCAGUGAGAGAGCCGCUCCACAUCGAGGGAGAGAUAGAGGACUCAAUUCCUUCCGUUGUCGAAUUUGUCAGGAAAUUCCAGAAUUUCGCCAAGCAGAUCAAACUGAUUCUCGACGGAGAUUACAACGAAGAGGACAUUGACUCCACAAUCUCGUUCAUCACGAAGUACUGCCAGUCUUCAUCUCUCAUCCUCAAGCAAAUCGACAACGACCUCCGCCAGGCAGUCAAAUUCGACGGAGAACUUGUUGAUCUGCCGAUAUUCGCUGUUGAAGUUGUCAAUGACCUGCUGAAGAUGAUCACAGCGGCGAAGGAGCAGUCAGUUGCAGACAUGAGGUCUCAGAUGGACAGAAUGAAGGAGCAGGCAGAGCAGGAGCAGGAGAAACUCGUGGAAGCAAUCGCAAACCACGAACAGGAAGAGAAACACCAGAAGGAAGUCAUCGACCAGCUGAUGAAGAAGAUCGACAACCUGCAGCAGAAGAACAACAAACUCCAGAGCCAGAACAAAGAUUUCGACCAAGAGAAGCAGGAAGUCAACGAGAAACUCAACAAGAUGAUGGCGAACUACCAGGAAAUAGAGUCCAGUUUGGAGGAAUCGAAGGAAGAGAACGAAAGAAUGAGAGAGCAGAUGAACAAGAAGUCGCAGCAGUUCGAGCAGAGACUGGAGCAGAUGCUUCAGCAGCAGAGAGAGCAGCAUUCAGAGGAUCUGAACUCUUUCGAAGAGAAACUCAAACAAAGAGAAGAGAAACUGCAGCAGGAAAUCCAAAACAAACACAACAAACUACAGGAAACAAAGCAGAAACUGAGAGAAGUAAUCCAGACAUACGACGCAGCAUUCAAGCAGCAGAAAGAGGCAACAGCUGUUCUCAGACAGCAGAACCAGGAACUCAUCAUGAGACUCCAAACAAGAACAGAGCAGAAAUCACCUUCAAAGCAAAACAUAACUUCAACAGCAGAAGUAGAGCAGUUGAAGACAGAUGUGAAAACAUUGAAGCAGGAGAAAGCGAUUUUGGAGUCAAAACUCGAACAAACAAUCACAGCUGCAGAAAACGCAAGGCAAAUCAGAGAAAGCUACUGGGAAUCUCAAUUGUCUCAGUCACAACAAACAAUGGAGAGAUCGAUACAACAAGAAAACAUCGAAUUCGAGCAAGAAGUCAACGAUUUCAAGGACAAACUGAAGCAAACACUGUCAAUAGAAGAAGAUGCAACUAACGAGAAGAUCGUGGACAGGACACAUGACUUAGUCAAGCAGCUGGAACAGACGAAACAGGAAUUGGAAACAGUGAAGAAACAAAAAUCAACAAGACAAAACGCAAUUCCGCCAAAAGCUGCAGACAUCCAGAAGGUCACGCAAACAGUGGAAGCCCUCCAGGAGUGGGACAGAUGGGCACGAGACUUGUAUUCCAAUGUCACUGACGGAGACUCGCCUUGCCAGAGCGCGAAGGACUUGAGAUUCGUCAUCGGAGAGAUGGCGCUUUCUUCAAUCGGACACAGACAGUUAAUGUACAGGCUGGAGUCUUUGAGGGCACAAAAGAAGGCGUUGAUUAACUCGGAAAUACCAAAUAGAUGCGAUGGACCAUUAAAGAUGAGAUCUGCAAUCUUUUACGUACAGUUCGCAUUCAGAAUAAUGAGAAAAUCAGGUAACUUUGGUACUAAUUAA